AAAGAUACAAUUACUGACCUUCAUAAUCAGAUAUCAGCCAUUUCAUUGCAUAGCGUCGUAUAGUUAUGGGAUAAUGUUUACAAAAUGAAAUCAGCAAAUUUAUUACUACAUAGGACUGUUUGCAUGUGUGUGUGCUUAUGCCGAAUAAUCACAUAUUCGUCAGGAAAUGACAUCAUCGCAAACAAUAAGAACGUAGCUGUCUACCAAUCAACCACGUUCGACACGUGCCUUGCCUCUAAUGUUAAGAACAACUUGACUCUCCGUAAACUGGACGUUGAUGACGCCUUACUAUGCCAGACAUGUAGCGCAACAGCUGGAAACGAAUCUCCCUGGCUCCAGAUCGACUUUAGCAAGAAAACGCUGAUGAGAUACAUGCGUAUAUAUGGCCGGGAUCUCGAUAGUUCCGGUCAAAGUAACAACAUUCUUUUGUCAAUAAGCAAUACUUCACACUUUGUUAACCAAAACUUUUCCAUGUGGGAAGAUGUUGACUGGAUAAAUGCCUCCGAUCCAUUCAAGGGGAUCUUGCUGGACUUCGGAGAUACGCGUGUUUUACAGUACCUCGUUUUCAGACGACCUUGGCCAUCGGUUAUGGCAAUAUGUGAGGUGGAAGUGUUAAAUACCGAUUGUGGAAAUGGUUUCUUCGGAGAUAAGUGCGCAAAUGUAUGUCGGUGCAAGGACAAACAACCCUGCGACAGCGUUACUGGAAAGUGUUCAACACCCGGAUGUUUUGCGGGAUGGCAGGGGGACUCGUGUAGUAAAGGUAAAUCAUAUUUAAAAUAUCAUGUUGGACAAUUUUGCUUUUAA